UGCAUUGAUCUGCACUCCGAAUUCUAACCGGAAAUAGACCAUCCGGGUAUCUUUGGGAUACUCAUUUCAACAUACUACGAUUUGGCACGUACUAAUUCUAGUUUCGAAUACUAUUUAGGACGGAUAGUAUGCGAAUUUGGACUCAGCAUGGGACUUUCUGUAUGAGACUGACAUCUAGUGGACUUGUUUAUUAUAUGACUGACACACCUGUUUGCACACGUUUCAUAAACACAACCAGGAAAUACUUCAGGGAAAUUAAAACUGUUGAGCUGUUGUUUGUUUCGUCUUUCUUUCUGUGAGUACAUACAGUGAAAUGGCAGAAGCCAGUAUUUUAGUGGAUCAGGAUCAGUUCAUCUGUUCAAUCUGUCUGGAUCUACUGAAGGAUCCAGUGACCAUUCCCUGUGGACACAGUUACUGUAUGAGCUGUAUUACAGACUGCUGGGAUCAAGAUGAUCAGAAGAGAAACAGCUGCCCUCAGUGCAGACAGACCUUCACUACAAGACCUGUUUUAAAUAAAAAUGUGGUGUUUGCUCAGAUGGUGGAGAUGCUGAAGAAGACAAAACUACAAACUGAUCGACCUUCUCUCAGUUAUGCUGAAGCUGGAGAUGUGAAGUGUGACGUCUGUACUGAGAGAAAACACAAAGCUGUCAAGUCCUGUCUGGUGUGUCUGAACUCUUACUGUCAAAAUCAUUUUAAACUUCAUGAAGAACUUCACUCAGGAAAGAGACACAAAGUGACAGACGCCACUGGACGACUUCAGGAGAUGAUCUGCCCUCAACAUGAGAAACCUUUAGAGAUUUACUGUAAAACUGAUCAGCUCUGUAUAUGUUAUCUGUGUAUGGUGGGAAAGCACACAAAUCACAACACUAUAUCAGCUAAAGAAGAGAGGACUGAGAAACAGAAAGAACUGGAGGAGACACAGAGAAAAUACCAGCAGAGAAUCCAGGAGAGCCAGAAGAAGCUUCAGGAGCUGAGAGAUGCUGUGGAGACUCAUAAGCGCUCUGCACAGACAGCAGUGGACGACACUGAGAGGAUCUUUACUCAACUGAUCCAAACCAUUGAGAGAAGACGAUCUGAGGUGACACAGCUGAUCAGAGAUCAGGAAAAGACUGCAGUGAGUGAAGCUGAAGGACUCUUGAAGCGACUGGAGCAGGAGAUUGAUGAUCUGAGGAGGAGAGACGCUGAGCUGGAGCAGCUUUCACACACAGAUGAUCACAUCCAUUUCCUCCAGAGUUUUCAGUCUCUCUCUGUUCCUCCUGGAUCUUCAGACUCACUCAGCAUCACUGUCAGCUCUCUCAUCUCUUUUGAUGAUGAAGGAAAAUCUGUGUCUCAUCUGAGAGAGAAACUGGAGGAUUUCUGUAGAGAAGAGAUAGAGAAGAUAUUUGAUAAAGUUACUUCUGAACCUGAGACCAGGGAGCAGUUCCUAAAAUAUUAUCAUCACUUCACUGCAGAUCCAAACACAGCACAUAAAUAUCUCCAUCUGUCUGAGGGGAACAGAGAGAUUACUUACGCUUACACCACAGUCCAGUAUCCUGAUCAUCCAGACAGAUUUGAUGGUUGUUUUCAGGUGUUGUGUAGUAAGAGUGUGAGUGGACGCUGUUACUGGGAGGUUGAAUGGAGUGGUGAUGUGUUUAUAUCAGUGUCAUAUAAGAGCAUCAGCAGGAAGGGAUUGGGUAAUGAGUGUUUCUUUGGAUAUAAUGAUCAGUCCUGGAGUUUGUGCUGCUCUGGCUCCAGUUGUUCAUUCAGGCACAAUAGCAUUGAGACUGAACUCCCUGUAGUGCUCAGAUCUUCUAGAAUAGGAGUUUAUGUGGAUCACAGUUCAGGAUCUCUGUCCUUCUACAGCGUCUCUGACACAAUGACCCUCAUCCACAGAGUCAACACCACAUUCACUAAACCUCUCUAUCCUGGGUUUUGGGUUAAUAGAUCAGUGAAACUGUGUGAUCUAACAAUAUAGAUGAUACAGAGAUUGUCAUAGAAGUUUAAAAUUAAUGAUGAAUCAACAACUAUGAAGUGUCAAGCAUAAUAUUUCUAAUCAAUUUAUUAUUAUUGUGUUUCCCACUGUAAGUUUCUAGAUUUUACAUGUACAUAUUCCUGAACAUUGAUGUGUUCUUGUCAGCAUAAAUUUAUUAUUUAAGCAUUUUGUCGUUUGCCUCUCGAGGGUGCUAAAGUUUAAAGUAAAAUAUUAAAUCCUUGGCGUUCAUU